AUGGAUCAAGAUGUCGUCACAAAAUGAUAGCAACGGGGAUCCCUGGGACAAAGAGACAAAGCGCAAGUUCAACAAUAAAUCUAAGAGCGAGUACUUCGAUCCCUGCCAGGAAGCCGCCGCGAGAAGCAUUCGAUGCUUGAAUCGAAACCAGGGCGACAGGAAGAUGUGUACCGACUACUUUGAAGCAUAUCGCGCAUGCAAGAAGGAUUGGAUCAAUAGACGCAAAGAGGAGGGAAAAAGGCAAGGCGGCGCUUGGUUCUAGGAUCCCCAUGGUAUCCUCGAAAUGUACAGAUAUGAGCGGCAGAGGCCAGACAGUAGACCGGAAGUAGCAAGGACUUCUAGAAUAUGCUACUUGGAACUGGACGCGAAAGCAAGGGUUACUGAGGUUAUUUUCCAUCAUAAUUGCCGGGGAAACUGUGGCGAGGAUGUGUGUAAUGCAGUCUGUCACUUGUUUCAGUAUCGGCACAGAGUCAUAUUGACAACUUGAUAGACUGUUGCGACAUCUCAGUAACGAGAGGCAUGCCGAUCCAGUAGUGGUGAUCUAUGCAUUAGUUGUUGUAAGGAAUCACAGUGUAGACCAUAUUAUCAUGACGAGUUUCUCGAGAGUUGCGACUACUAGUUUACCCAAUGGCAUUGAGCUGGCUGUCAAG